CACACACACACACAAACCUGUGCGUGAGGGGGGAGAAAAAGCGGGCCUUUGAAAAAGGCAAUCACAACAACUUUUGCUGCCAGGAUGCCCUGGCUUUGGCUGAGAGGAUUUUUGUUGGCGAGUUGCUGGAUCAUAGUGAGGAGUUCCCCUACCCCGGGAUCCGAGGGGCACAGUGCAGACCCCGACUGCCCGGCCUGUGCCCUGGCCACCCUCCCCAAGGAUGUACCCAACUCUCAGCCGGAGAUGGUAGAGGCCGUCAAGAGGCACAUUUUAAACAUGCUGCACUUGAAGAAGAGACCCGAGGUCACCCAGCCAGUGCCCAAGGCGGCGCUUCUGAACGCCAUCCGGAAGCUUCAUGUGGGCAAAGUGGGGGAGAACGGGUACGUGGAGAUCGAGGACGACAUCGGGCGGAGGGCAGAAAUGAAUGAACUCCUGGAGCAAACCUCCGAGAUCAUCACGUUCGCUGAAUCAGGCACAGCCAGGAAAACGCUGCACUUCGAGAUUUCCAAGGAAGGCAGUGACCUGUCCGUUGUGGAACGUGCAGAAGUCUGGCUCUUUCUAAAAGUCCCCAAGGCCAACAGGACCAGGACCAAAGUCACCAUUCGCCUCUUCCAGCAACAAAAGCACCCACAGGGCAGCUUGGACGCAGGGGAGGAGGCAGAGGAAGCUGGCUUGAAGGGUGUGAGGAGUGAACUACUGAUAUCAGAGAAGGUGGUGGAUGCUCGGAAGAGUACCUGGCACAUCUUUCCUGUCUCUAGCAGCAUCCAGAGAUUGCUGGAUCAAGGCAAGAGCUCCCUGGACAUUCGGUUCGCCUGUGAGCAGUGCCAGGAGACUGGCGCCAGUCUGGUGCUCCUAGGCAAGAAGAAGAAGAAAGAAGAGGAGGGGGAGGGGAAGAAGAAGGACGGUGGUGAAGGAGUGGCAGGGGGUGAGGAGGAGAAGGAGCAGUCCCACAGACCUUUCCUCAUGCUGCAGGCCCGGCAAUCUGAAGACCACCCCCAUCGCCGCCGUCGGAGGGGCUUGGAGUGUGAUGGCAAGGUGAACAUCUGCUGUAAGAAACAGUUCUUUGUCAGUUUCAAGGACAUUGGCUGGAAUGACUGGAUCAUCGCCCCCUCUGGAUACCAUGCUAACUACUGCGAGGGUGAGUGCCCCAGCCACAUAGCGGGCACCUCAGGCUCCUCACUCUCCUUCCACUCCACAGUCAUCAACCACUACCGGAUGCGGGGCCACAGCCCCUUUGCCAACCUCAAGUCAUGUUGUGUGCCCACCAAGCUGCGACCCAUGUCCAUGUUGUACUAUGAUGAUGGUCAAAACAUCAUCAAAAAGGACAUUCAGAACAUGAUAGUGGAGGAGUGUGGGUGCUCAUAGAGUUGCCUGGUCCGGGGGUGGGGGGUGGGGGGGGAAAGGGAACAAGAGUUGCCCAGAGAAGACAGUGGCAAAAACGAAGAAAAAAAUUUUUAAGGUUUCUGAGUUACAUGAUCAGAAAAAUAGAAAU